UUUUAUAAUUUGUAAAGGCAUAGUGAAAAAGAAAGAGAUUCUCCAUCUGCUGGUUCACUCCCAAAUGGCUGCAACAGCCAGGUCUGGGCCAGAUUGAAACCAGGAGCCAAAACUUCAUCCAGGGCUCUCACAUGGGCAGCAGGGGCCCAAGCACUUGGACCAUCCUCCACUGCUCUCACAGGCAGAUCAGCAGGGAGCUGAACUGGAAGCAGAGCAGCCAGGACUCGAACUGAUGCUCUAAUAUGGGAUGCUGGCAACACAAACAGUGGCCCAACCCUCUGUACCAUAACGAUGGCCACUUUUACCUGUUUAGACAACAGCAGCCUGGCACCAGAGAGCUUUCAUCUUUCCUUCUCAUCCACCUCAACUUUGCUCCCUCUCUCUUCUUCCUGGAGGAAGAAGCCCCCUCAGCAUCCCCAGGGCCUCGUCGGCACCAUCAAAAAGGGCCUCGUCGGGAUGGUGCUGUGAGUUAAGUCACCACUUGGGACGUCCACAUCCCAUAUCAGAGUGCCUGGCUACUCCGCACUUCUGAUCCAGCUUUCUGCUAAUGCAUCCUGGAAAGCAGAUGAUGGCCUAAGUACCUGGGUCCCCGCCGCCCAUGUGGGAGACUAGAGUAGUUUGCCUGGGUUCAACCUUGCAAACCCCUGGCUGUUGUAUUUGGGGAGUGAACUAGUGGGUGGAAGAUUAGAUAGAUAAUCUCACUCUGCCUUUAAAAUAAAUACAGCUUUUAAAGGGGGGUGGACUUCUCCUAGCUUCCCAGAAUAUGGCUGGCCUUAGCCAAGACCCCUCCUGAGCCAGAGGACUGCUUUGGGGACCAGUCCCCACCAUUUCUCCGAUAAGACAGACAGGCCAGGGCAGGAAAUGGGGAGGGGAAAAUGAAGGCAAGUUGAUACUGGCCUGUUCUCUUCUCCCGUGCCACCCACAAGUCCCCCACGAGAGUCUGUGUGUGCCAGCAGGACUGUCUGAUGUCCGUGGAAACACAACCGUGUGAGAGGGACUUCGUAGCUGGAGUGGUGUCAUUUUUUGUCCGAGGCUGUCUGAUCGUGGGUGUGACUUUGUGAGGCUGACUGAGUGAUCAAGGUGUGACUGUGAAUGUGCAGCUGUGUACGCAUGAGCGUGACUGUCUCUCACUGGAUGCCACUGCGGAUCCUCGGCUGCCCUUAGUCACUGGGCCAGCAGUCCCCACAUCCUGCACUGCCCUUUCCCCAGCUUCUCCGUUCAGGGCUUAGGAGCACAUGGGAAAUGGCAGCCCUAGAAGAGGAAGGGGUCUGUGACAACAGGCCAAGAAUUAGGACCCAGGAGUGUCACAGGAUAAGCAAGGCAUCUCCACCUGCCUCUGACUCACCCGGUGCCUCAGGUAAAAGGCGCCCAGAUAAAAGGUACAGGAGGAGGAGAGAGUAGGAAGUGUCUAGGCUGAGCAGCAUGGAGGGGUGUUCACCUACCAGCAGGCUCCUGCUGCUGCUGUUGCUCCUGAGCCUGGACCCUGGAGCAGUGUUGAUACUGCCACCCAGCACUACCUGCUGUACUCAGCUCUACCGACAGCCACUGUCAAACAAGCUACUGAGGAAGGUCAUCCGGGUGGAACUGCAGGAGGCUGAUGGAGACUGUCACCUGCAGGCUUUCGUGCUUCAUCUGGCUCGACGCAGCGUGUGCAUUCAUCCCCAGAACCGCAGCCUGGCUCGGUGGUUCGAGCGCCAAGGGAAGAGGCUCCAGGGGACUCAACCUGAUUUCUGGGUUGCUAGGGAAAAUGGGUUGGAGCCCCACAAAGCCCCAAUAAAGCAACAUUAGACAAGAA